AGACCUCUUUUGCAAGUUGGAAUCUCCAAUUGGCCAUCGCCGUAGUAGGGUCGACUAUUUCGUCCUAUAAAUAAAGCCCCAGAGCCCGUGAGUAAUCUUCACUUAUUUCACAAAUCAAUUUCAGGGAAUUCUUUCGAGCUUUUCAAUCACUCUCUCAAGAUGCAAAUCUUCGUCAAAACCUUAACCGGCAAGACCAUCACUCUCGAGGUCGAGAGCUCUGACACCAUCGACAACGUCAAAGCCAAGAUCCAGGACAAAGAGGGAAUUCCCCCAGAUCAGCAAAGAUUGAUCUUCGCAGGAAAGCAACUAGAGGACGGUCGUACCCUAGCCGACUACAAUAUCCAGAAGGAGUCAACCCUCCAUCUGGUUCUCCGUCUACGUGGUGGCAUGCAGAUCUUUGUUAAGACUCUCACCGGCAAGACCAUCACCCUUGAGGUCGAAAGCUCUGACACCAUCGACAACGUCAAGGCUAAGAUUCAAGAUAAGGAAGGUAUUCCUCCAGACCAGCAGAGGCUAAUCUUCGCCGGAAAACAACUUGAGGACGGUCGUACACUUGCUGAUUAUAACAUCCAGAAGGAGUCCACCCUCCAUCUUGUCCUUCGUCUCCGUGGUGGCAUGCAGAUAUUCGUUAAGACCCUCACAGGAAAGACUAUUACCCUUGAAGUAGAAAGCUCUGACACCAUUGAUAAUGUGAAGGCCAAAAUCCAAGACAAGGAGGGUAUACCCCCGGACCAGCAGAGGUUGAUUUUCGCUGGAAAGCAGCUUGAGGAUGGCAGGACCCUUGCUGAUUACAACAUUCAGAAGGAGUCAACCCUCCAUCUUGUGCUGCGUCUCAGGGGUGGCAUGCAGAUCUUUGUGAAGACUCUCACUGGAAAGACCAUCACUCUGGAAGUGGAGAGCUCUGACACUAUUGAUAAUGUCAAAGCUAAGAUUCAGGAUAAGGAGGGUAUCCCACCAGACCAACAGAGGUUGAUCUUUGCUGGAAAGCAGUUGGAGGAUGGAAGAACUCUGGCUGAUUACAACAUUCAGAAGGAGUCCACUCUUCAUCUUGUCCUCCGUCUUCGUGGUGGUUUCUAGGCAGCGACAUUGGUUGGGUAUUUCUGUGGUUUAUGAAUAUGGAUAAUAUGAAGUUUAGACCUUGUGCUUUUAUCUUGGUGGCUCUUCUGAGGCCUUUAAAUAAUGUUUUAGUACUUUUGUAAUAUUUUUCCUAUGUCCUAUUGAUGUAUGCAUUUAUUAGACUCAAGUCUAUUUCCUAAUUUACGUUUUGAUGUUCUUCCA